CCGCCUGUCGCUGCGCCGCUGCGCUCGCGCCUGCGCAGUGACGUCCCAGCGGUUGCUAGGGGAACAGAGGCCCUAGUGAUGGAGCCGGAAUAAAGCGUCUUCAUGCUGGCGAAGGACGCGCGAGCACCAGAGGCCGCCCCCGCCCGCCGCGUCGGACGGACCGGCUCCAGUUAGCUCAAGAGGGCAGGAUGCCACACAAAAUUGGGUUCAUUGUUAUAAGUUCAUCUGGACAUGAGGACGGCUUCAGCGCGAAAGAACUGAUGGUUCAUGCGCCAACGGUCAACGGGUGGAGAUCACCAAGGCUCUGUCAGUACCCCCAAGAAAUAGUCCUCCAGAUGGUAGAACGAUGUAGAAUUCGAAAACUGCAGCUCCUGGCUCACCAAUAUAUGAUCUCCAGCAAAAUUGAGUUCUACAUCAGCGAAAAUCUGCCCGACUACUUUGCGCCCUAUAAAUCGGAGCGAUUCCAGAGGCUGGGUUACGUCUCUCUUUCUGAUAACGAAAAGACUGGCUACAGGGCCCGCGAACUGAAAUCGGUCUACGUGGAUGCGGUUGGCCAAUAUCUAAAGCUGACAUUCCACAAAAAUUAUGUGAAUAGGUACAACUUGUACAGCCAGGUUGCUCUUGUGGCAAUAAAUAUCAUUGGAGAACCUGCGGACCUCAGCAGUGACAACACCCAGUCUUGCAGGGAGAAGCUGAUCGACCAUUAUCUAGGGAGCAAUUCGGAUGACUUGGCCUUCGAGAGGAGCUACCCUGGGAAGGCCGAUGCAAUUUCCCCACUGGACGAUCUGGCUUUCGACAUGUACCAAGAUCCGGAGGUGGCCCAGAUAAUCCGCAAGCUGGACGAGAAGAAGCACGACGCGGUGCGCCAGGAGCAUUACGAUCACGCCAAGAAGCUCAAGCAGGCCAUUGCAGAUCUGCAGAAGGUCGGGGAGCGGCUGGGGCGCUAUGAGGUGGAGAAGCGCUGCGCUGUCAAGAGGGAGGACUACGACCUGGCCAAGCAGAAGAAGCAGCAGAUGGAGGAGUAUCGCCUGAAAGUCUACCAGCAGCUGGAGCUGCACAACCUCCUGGACCCAGAUCUCACUAUCCGGCGGCCGCCCGAAUUGCCCCUCGAGCCCAUGGCUCACCCCACCACCACCCUGCAGCAGAAGAAGCCGCUGCCCUCCCCCUGGCGGGAGAAAGCAGAAACGGAGAUUCCCAUGCCAUUGCUGCCAGAGAAGCCCCCCGAAGCCCCCUUGCCCGAGCCGGAUGCCUCUCGGUCCUUCUCUCCCCCGCUGGCCCAGGCAGCCUCCGUCCCUGUGGAGGCCUUCCCAAAGAUCAGCGUCGAGUUCCUGCCUUACGACGAGCGGCCCCUCCCUGCCAUCCGCAAGCAGCAGGAGGAAGGCUUUGCCUUGCUGGAGCCCGAGAUCGGCGAGGAGGACCCUGGUGACACGCCAAGGAGCGGUGUGGUCGGCGAGCCGGAGCCUCUGACGGAAAAGGCCCUGCGGGAGGCCAGCGCAUCCAUCGAUGUCUUCGGGGAAGUUCUGGUGGCCGGGGCCUACUCCAAGACGUGGUCCUACCGUGAAGACUCGCUGCUCGCCAUCUACAAAAAGAUGGCAGAGGCUUCCACAAGCACGCCGAAGGAGGAGCUCAGGAACAUGCUCCGGGGGGCCGUCUUCCUCGUCGUGAGGGCCAUCAAAGACAUUGUCUCUUCGGUUUUCCAGGCCUCCUUAAAGUUGCUAAAAAUGAUCAUCACGCAGUACGUCCCCAGGCACAAACUGGGGAAGCAGGAGAUCAUUUUCUGUGUGGAACGGACCUUCCCCAACCUUCUCUCCAGGACAGGGGACUCCUCUGCCCGCCUUCGGAUGGCAGCUGCCAACUUCAUCCAGGAGAUGGCGCUCUGCAACGAAGUGAAGCCUCUUCAGGUCAUACCUGCCCAUCUGGUGCAGCCCCUGAGGCCCAACUGCCCCACGCACCUUGCCAUGAGCCAGGUGGAGUUGGUGGAGCGCUUGCUGAGAGACCUGGGGACCGAGAACUCCGGCUUCACCGUCGAUAACGUCAUGCGGUUCGCAACUGGAGCUCUGGAGCACCGUGUGUUCGAGGUGCGGGAAACAGCUCUCCGGAUCAUCUUGGAUAUGUAUCGGCAGCACCGGGACAGCAUCCUGGACUACCUUCCCCCUGAUGACGCAAACACGCGCAAGAACGUGCUGUACAAGACGCUGUUUGAUGGGUUCGCUAAAAUAGACGGCCGACUCACGGAGGCCGAACUCAGAGAGAAAGAGAGCGAUUUCCAGAAAUCCAGGAAUCAAGUGGAAACACCCAAAAAGGCCACGCAGCUCGUGACUGCGGACGUUCCCGAAGAUCAUUCUUCCGUGGCAAAUUACCUGGACAACCUCUGCAUCUUCUGCGGCGAAAGGGACGAAUCCUUCACGGAGGAAGGGCUGGAUCUCCAUUACUGCAGACACUGCCCAAUGCUGACCAGAUGCGACUUCUGCAAGCAGGUGGUCGAGAUUGCCAGCCUGACGGAGCACUUGCUGACGGAGUGUGAGAAGAAGGACAGCUUUGGCAAGUGUUCCCGCUGCUGCGAGGCCCUGCCGAAGGAUGAGCUGCCCCGGCACAUCAAAGGGAGGGCGUGCAAUCCUGCCAAACCUGAAAAAGCGGCCAAUCGUUGUCCGUUGUGCCAUGACAAUUUUACACCUGGAGAGGAGGCCUGGAAGGUGCACCUGAUGGGCAAAGAUGGCUGCCGCAUGAAUCCGAGGCGCACUCAUUUCUUGAACAAGAGCAUGCCAACACAGUCAGUCACCGGCCGGGUGGCCGGAACUGUCCUGAACCGAUCUGGGCCCGUGGGAACGAAACUGCGCUCCCCCACGGUUGGAAGCAAAAUCCCCACCCCUCGAGGAGGCUUGAAUAAAAACACUGGCAGAACGUAUGCAAAGCGAUGACACGGAUCCCUUCUUUCCCGUCAGCCCCGCUUGCUUUUUCGCUGCAGCACGGCUUGCGGGGGAGAGCAGCGGUCCGAAAGUCGCCCUCCCGAUGCUCCGCCAAUCCCUCCUCCUCAUUUAGGGUUGCUGCACUGCACUGUCUGUGGGUUCUCUCUACCCCAAGAUUGCAUCAGCCCCUUAGAGGCAGAAAAGCCAUAUGUCAGAACCUCCAUCCUGCGUUCUUUGGGCUGUGGUAUGAUACAGUCUUCCUUGGGUCACAGAACCCAGGGAGGGGGGACCUUCGUGUGCCUGCUUCUCUCCCACGCAAGCUUCGGUUCAUUUUCUCUGGACCAAGUUGGUUCUCUGAUUUUAGUGUAAUUGGCCAGGGUUGUCUAACUGCAGUUCAGAUGAGUUUUUGAAGACAGGAAAAGGACAAUCUAGAUGCAGGUUAAAGCCAUUGCUGGACACAGCCCCCAUUUCUGCCCCAUUUAAGGGCACUGGUUUUUCUCCUUAUGGCCCAUUUGCUGCUCUCGGGGGGUGCUUGGGGUGAGAUCUUCCUAGGGAAUUGAGCGUUUAAUGUCUCCUGGCAUCUGCUCCCCGAAGCAGCCCCCUAGGAAGGACCAGCUCUUUUCCUUGUUUAUGAGGAGAUGUGCCGGGAAUGUGGAUUUAAAGACCCCAAACCAGCCAUUAAAAAGGUGGUUUUGGUCCCCACCGUGGGCAUCCAUGUUUUCUGGAGGAUCACACUUUAGCAUAUUCCCUGGGAGAGGAGCUACAGCAGGGGCCGAAGAUAAGAUUAGAAGCUAGAGGUAGAUCUCUGGGUGAUCUUUGGUCAAGUGGUAAAGGUUUGCAAGCCCUGUUGCUUAAGGGUAGGAACCAUUAAAAGGCUUCUCAUCUCACACACAGCACACACACACACACAGACACCCCAAAGGCAGGCAAAACCAAGUUCUGAAAAGUAAAAAUUAAAUGUGUGAAUUGCCACCACAGUUUGGCAGCGCAAACCAGUUCCUGCCCCUGAGCAUCCUAUUUUCCCCUUCGCCCAGCCUUGCACCCUCCAGAUAUCAGACUACAAGUCUCCCUUUUCCCUAACCAGCACGUCCUUGCUGGCUGAGCACAGCCGAGUGCCAUUGCUGGAGGAAGGAGAGCAAGGGGUUGUAUUCUGAUUCCCUCUCCUCAGCACAGCAACAGAUACCCUGAUCAGGAAAAAAAAGCUGAGGAGUCAGCCUCUUAGCAGCAAAGGAGGUUGUGCUGCAGGUGGUCCUCACUUAACGACCACAAUUGGGACCAGAUUUUCCGUUGCUAAGCAAAGCCGCUUCCGAUUAAGCGAAUCUGAACCGAUUUUACCUUUUUUCCGGUGGCCGUUAAACAAAUUGUGCAGUUCCCCGUUGAUUUUGCUUGCCAGCAGUUGGCCAGGAAGGUCAAAAAUGGGAAUCUUGUGACCAUAGGACACUGCAACGGUCAUAAAUGCGAACCGGCUGCCAAGCGCCCAAACCAUGACCGUGGGGAGGCUGCGACGGUCAUAAUUAUGAGGACAAGUCGUAAGUUGUUUUUUCCAGCACCGUCAUAACUCUGAACCACCACUAAACGAAUGGUUGUUAAGUGAGGACUACUUGUACUUACUCCACUGACAUGGAUCUAAGAAAGACAAGAGGGAGAGCUGAAUAGAGGCAGUAAAUGGGCAAAAUCUCAAAAUCUUUCCAAGCACGGUUGAUAACCAUGGCUGUGCUGAGAACUCUUCAA